AUGGCUUCAGUUGCGCGCCUUCUCUCGCGUCGUGCGACCCCCAUCAUCAGCAGCGCUGCCGCCGCCUCCCGUUUCACCACUUCCCCUCUCCUCGCCCGGACAACUGCUCGCCCUUCAGCAUUCGCUAAAUUCAUGUCGACCGAGGCUGCCCCCGGCGCUGCCUCGCACCAUUAUGUCAACCGAGAUAUGCUCGGAUCGACCACCCCUCUCGGAUCGACCAUCACCGAGGAUGUCGAGAUCGGCGACGACGGUGUCGACGUCAACGCGCGCCACUUCACCGUCAACUUUGGACCCCAGCAUCCUGCUGCCCACGGAGUCUUGCGUUUGAUUCUCGAGUUGGAGGGUGAGGAGAUUUUGAGAUGUGAUCCUCAUGUUGGUCUUUUGCACCGUGGUACUGAGAAGUUGAUCGAGUACAAGACCUACCUUCAGGCUCUUCCCUACUUCGAUCGUUUGGAUUACUGCUCGAUGAUGGUCAACGAGCAGGCCUAUUCGCUCGCUGUUGAGAAGCUUCUCAACAUCGAUGUGCCACUGCGCGCCAAGUAUAUCCGUACCCUGUUUGCCGAGAUCACCCGUGUCAUGAACCACUGCAUGUCCGUCAUGUCCCACAUUAUGGAUGUCGGAGCCUUGACCCCCUUCUUGUGGAUGUUCGAGGAGCGUGAAAAGUUGAUCGAGUUCUACGAGCGUGUCUCGGGUGCCCGUAUGCACGCCGCCUACGUCCGUCCCGGAGGUGUCUCGCUCGACAUCCCCAAGGGCUUGCUCGAGGAUAUCCACGUCUGGGCCGAUCAGUUUGGACAGCGCAUGGACGAGGCCGAGGAGUUGAUCACUGGAAACCGCAUCUGGAAGGGUCGUACCGUUGAUGUCGGACGCGUCACUGCCAAGGAGGCUCUUGACUGGGGAUUCUCGGGAGUCAUGUUGCGUGGAUCCGGUGUCAACUGGGACUUGCGCAAGGUCCAGCCCUACGAUGCCUAUCACCUUGUUGACUUUGAUGUCCCCGUCGGCACCAAGGGAGACUGCUAUGACCGUUACCUCUGCCGUAUGGAGGAGAUGCGUCAAUCGCUCCGCAUCAUUCACCAGUGCAUCAACGACAUGCCUGCUGGUCCCGUCCGUGUCGACGAUCUCAAGAUCUCCCCCCCUCGCCGCGCACACAUGAAGGAGAACAUGGAAGCCUUGAUCCAUCACUUCAAGUUGUACUCAGAGGGUUACGCCGUCCCCGCUGGUGAGACUUACACCGUCGUCGAGGCCCCCAAGGGAGAGUUCGGUGUGCAUUUGGUUUCUGACGGAAGCAACCGUCCUUACCGCUGCAAGAUCCGUGCCCCCGGUUUCGCCCAUUUGGCUGGAUUGGAUUUCAUGGCCAAGGGUCACUUUAUUCCCGAUGUUGUUACUAUGAUCGGUACUAUGGAUAUUGUGUUCGGUGAGGUCGAUCGUUAA